AGUGGAGUGAGUGAGUGAGUGAGUGGAGAAGCGUGCGGACCAAACGCUGUUCUGUGUCGCAGCCGCUGCACGGAGCGUUUCUCAGCUCUGGGAUGUACGUCUUGAACCGGCUCCGGUGCGCGCGCGGCUGCAUUCGCCCGAACCGCUGCGCUUUCUGACUCACGCGCGUCAAGUUUCACCCGUCCCCACGCGGACGGCUCUCGCGUCGGAUCGCGCGUGACGGAGCCCGAGGAGGAGCGGGAGUGACUUGGAAAUGCUCCGUCGGCGCGCGCCUGUGCGUCUCACUCGCCCUUUUUGUUGAAGUCGUCCCAAACUCCGGCGGGCGUGCGCGAUGUGGUCUUUAGCCGCUGGACGCGGCUCCAGCGCCGGGAUUCUGCAGGACGCGUCGUCACCUAUGAAACCCACAUAAUGUCCGAGCUGAAAGGCGCGUCUGUCUGACAAGUUUCUGAAACUUACGCACGAAACAUCCAACGGCGCGAUGAUUUUAACAACUUUUGUCGUUAUAUUGUUGCUCCCGGACGCCGCGUUCACCUUGAAGGGCGCGGGCGGCUUCGCGUCGCUGCCCGCGCGCCUGGACUGCGUGAAGGCCAGCGAGCAGUGUCUGAAGGAGUACGCGUGCAGCACCAAGUACCGGACCAUGAGGCAGUGCGUGGCGGGGCGCGAGAGCAACUUCAGCGCGGUGACGGGCGCCGAGGCGCAGGGCGAGUGCCGCAGCGCCAUAGACGCCAUGAAGCAGAGCCCGCUGUACAACUGCAGGUGCCGACGGGGCAUGAAGAAGGAGAAGAACUGCCUCCGGAUCUUCUGGAGCAUCUUCGAGAGCCUACAGGGUAACGACUUGCUGGAAUACUCCCCGUAUGAACCAAUCAAUAGCCGCCUCUCGGACAUCUUCCGCCUGGCCCCCAUCAUAGCGGCCGAGCCGGCGUCGGCCAAGGAGAACAACUGCCUGAACGCCGCCAAGGCCUGCAACCUCAACGACACGUGCAAGAAGUACCGCUCGGCCUACAUCGGGCCGUGCACCAGCCGCGUGUCGGCCUCCGAGGUCUGCAACAAGCGCAAGUGCCACAAGGCCCUGCGGCAGUUCUUCGACAAGGUUCCGGCUAAAUACAGCUACGGGAUGCUGUUCUGCUCCUGUCCGGCCGGGGACCAGACGGCGUGCGCCGAGCGCCGGCGCCAGACCAUCGUGCCCGUCUGCUCCUAUGAAGACAAGGACAAGCCCAACUGCCUGUCCCUCCAGAACGCCUGCAAGACCAACUACAUCUGCAGGUCCAGGCUCGCGGACUUCAUCAGCAACUGUCAGCCGGAAGCUCACUCCAUGUCGGGUUGUCUGAGGGAGAACUACGCCGGCUGCCUGCUGUCGUACUCGGGGCUCAUUGGGACGGUGAUGACGCCCAAUUACGUGCGAUCCCACGGCAUAAGCCUGUCACCGUGGUGCGACUGCGGCAGCAGCGGCAACAGCAGGACGGACUGCGAGAAGUUCGCCGAGCUCUUCGCCAACAACCGAUGCCUCCGCAACGCCAUCCAGGCGUUCGGCAACGGCACCGACGUGGGCGUGUGGCAGCCGCAGCCUCCCAUUCAGCCCACGGCGGCGGAGCCCGGCGUGCGGCGGGCCAAGGACGGAGCCAACGCGCUGGACACGCUGACGGACAUGAGCAAACUGGGCCUCGCUGGCGACGCGCUGUACGACGUCUGCGGCACCUUGCAGGCCCAGAAACUGGUGUCAAAUCAAACAACGGAAACGAACGUGUGCAUAAACCAUCAGCUGGACGAGUCCGGUGACGUCACCGCCAGGGGCGCCUCCUGCUCACACACCUCGAGCCUGCUCGUGGCACUGGCCGCCGCCGUCACGCCGCUCGUGCUGCCCGUGGGUCUACAGGUUUUGUAGGACAGAGUGCGAGUGAGCACUUCCGGUUAAACAUCUGCCAAAGCGAGACGAAGUCAGCACCAGCGGUGGAUUAUUAUUAUUAUCAUUACAGCCAGACCUGCUGCGCAGACCUCACCUCAUUUACGCCGCACGCGCGGGAUCUGACUUUGGGAAUCGGGAACGAGCGCGUGACCAGCUCGCGCCUCCGGAGCGACGGACUGCGUCCUGAACGGGAGGACUCGCGUGCCGCGCGUCCCUCUCCGCAUCCUGUAACUGUGUAAUGAUCUGGAGCGUCACGACGUGAGAAGGGAAAAGACACGAACCAGAUCCUCCCCCGCGCGAUCCAAACUCGUCCACUCUGUAAAUUGACGGUGACUUGUGGUUGGUUGAUGACUAAAACAUUGUGUACAUACGACCCAAACCCUGUUCCUCAACCCAGUACUGUCUGCUGCCGUUCGCUUGCACAGUAACAUAUCGUCUGUAACAGUCUGUUAGUACCUGACGGCUGCGGCCUCUUGUCCAGCGUAGACACGACUUGUGAAAUGUGACGGGAAACGUUUUCUGCUCACGUGGUCACACAUGUGAAUUUAUUGUGCGAUUAUAUUUUGGAGGCGACGUGCAUAAUGUUAUCUUACAGUAUUUUUCCCUAAGGAGUCGCAAACUAUCUGUUAGUUACACUUUUUAUACUGUACGUUGGCUGAUGGAUGAAGAACGUGUACAUACGUGCAGGUGACGCAAAUGCCAAAGGUCGGUAGACGUUAAUUAUUAAAAGAUUAUUGCUGAGUUUUCACGCCCUAAUUAAAGACACGCAGUCAAUGUGAGACAUGAUGAAAAGUGGCUUUAAACACCCCGCGUUUCCAAACGUGUCUGUUUGAAGCCGUCUGUUCAAGUAGCCAUGAAAAAGAAAAACUCAUUUGGGUUCAUCUGUUCCGUGUUUUCCAAGAAUCUGAAAUAAAAUGAAAAAACACAGCAAA